AUGGACCAAUUCCUAGCCCUGAUUGGGAUGCAGGCAAUGAGAUACGCUGUGCGGUCCGGCAUUGUCUUGACCUCAAACUACGCACUGGAUCAAUGUUCCAGGCUUGUAAAAAAGGUCGAUGAUCGAAGAUUGGAGAAAGAAUUGGCAUCACUACAAAAGUUGCUUGAAUGCAAAAUCAAGAUUAUUUCUCCAGCUAUCGACCUUAUUGAGUUGAAGUCUGGCAGAGGAAAUGUCUUUCUGGAGUCAGCCGUUCCAGUCACCAAGUCACUCCACCGACGAAUCGUGUCGCUAGGAAGAGAUGUGGAAGAUGCUAUGGCGACAAUCAGCGGUUCCGAGCCUACCACUGGUCGGAUAAGAAUUUCAAAGCAUUCAGAGAAGCAUUUGUUAAAGGUUAUUGCCGAUAUGAAGAGCCUCCUGGAUCGUAUUGAUCGAGAUAUUCCGCUGCUGCAACUGGCCAUUACCGCCUCAGGGGAAACACUGUCCACCUCGCUCCCUCCUACAAUAUCUCCGUCUAGGCUACUUCAAGCCAGUACAUUUAUUGCAAUGGGGGACUCUCUGUUUGCGCGAGGCUCGAAAGAGCCAGUGCAAAUUGGGCCAACUUUCAGUCUAUCGUUGUACAUGUUGUUCCUCGCCCACACGGCGCCAAAUGGUGACAACAGAGACUCAUGGGAUAAUUAUACGAAUAAUUAUGGGUUGGACGAAAAUUAUCGAAGGCCAAUAUGGCAAGAGGUCAUGCACAAAGUUACGGCGCGCCUCUAUCGCUAUAAUCAGAACUGGGUAAUACCACGCCACCACCUACAAGGCAGUGACCGGAACAGCAGCACCAAUUGUCAAGAAUAUCACUAUUAUUUGGAUCUCAUAGAAGAUCUCAAUGAUGGUCGCCUACAUCAUGAUAAUGAAACUGGCAUUCCCCACAGAGCAGGAUGCUUACCAAGUCGACAGGAACGCAUUCCGACUCACCAAUUCUCAAAAAUAUUCUACACCGACACAGGGAAGCUCCUCAACAUUCGAAAUACCACAGAGGAAGGAAAUCGACCGGUUUUGCUUCUCAAGCGAGACGCAAACGCUGCAACGCAAGAACCAACCAAAGUCGAGUGUCCAACAGGGUCGCCCCGUACAGGUGAAAGAGGCGAUAGUGCCAAACAGAAGGAUUCUGACGAAGAUCAAGAUCUUGUCGAUAUGCAAAUACAUCACGAAAUCCAUAAUACCGUAUUAAAUCAAAGUGAAGGAAAGGCCACUGCCUUCUCCAAUUUGCCAAACCAUCUUGAUCCGGAAUGGCUAGCCUUGGAGAUGUUUGUGGAAGAUGUUGAUGGCGGAGAGGAGAGCGAAGGCGACGAGGACACCAACACUUCCAGAAUUGAUUGCAAAGAAGACUCGCAUAUUAUCGACGACACUGGUAUCGACGACACUGGUAUCGACGACACUGGUAUCGACGACACUGGUAUCGACGACCUUGCGAAUUGCUCUCUCGAUAAGGCUACCCAGUGCUUAUUGGAUUCUUCGCUCUUGACCGAGAUGGCGGAGUGCUCUAUCCAAGAAAAUGCAACCGUCCACCAAGACCAAGUCGCCGAUAUUUCUCCCCACCAAAAGCAAAGUCAAGACGCAGUCGCACCACCCUUCAGCGCCGUGACAACAUCACUGUCGCUCUUAGAGAUGAUGAUACGGCUGGUAGGACUCCAAGAGUUUCAGCAGAUGUCUCACUUGUCAAUCCCAGAUCAUAUUUUGACAUUCUUUCUAGAGGAGACGUCUACAACCGGGGUCGCCGGUUCCCAAAGAGAAAAGUUACGCAGGGAGACAAAACAGCGGGUUGGGUUCGAUCCAUAUACGGACGAUUCAGCCACCUGA